UGCAAGCUGCAGGGAAGCACUCGUCUACCUGCAUUUUCAAAGGAUGGGGACUUUGUUAUUGGUGGUGAUUUUUCCCUUCACGUCUACAUGAACACAGUUUACAGUGACUACACCAGAAUGCCUGAGCCUGCAAAAUGCAAAGGAAGCCUUUUCACCAGUGAACUGCAAUCAUCGCGUGCAAUGGUUUUUGCCAUAGAAGAGAUUAACAACAGCACAGAGCUGCUGCCUGGAAUCAGGCUCGGGUAUCAGAUCUAUGACUCAUGUGGAUCAGUGCCUGUAGCAGUGCACAUGGCAUUUCAGUUUCUAAAUAGCUUCGACCCUGUGUUUUCCAUGGAUAACAAUUGCUCACAUUCUGGUAUGGUGAUGGCUGUUGUUGGUGGCUCGGGGUCUACAGAAUCCAUCAGUUUGUCAAAAGUCAUCAGGUCCUUUAACAUUCCCCAAGUUAGCCACUUUUCAACAUGCGCAUGCUUGUCUGACAAGCAGCAGUACCCACAUUUCUUUAGAACAAUUCCCAGUGACCAGUUCCAAGCUGAAGCAAUGGCCAAGCUGGUAAAACACUUUGGCUGGACUUGGAUAGGUGCUGUUCGGUCAGAUUCGGAUUAUGGAAAUAAUGGCAUGGCUUCAUUUCUAAAAGCAGCACAGAAAGAGGGGAUCUGUGUGGAGUACUCUCUUUCUUUCCAUCGAACAUACCCACAUAGCAGAAUUCAGAGAGUAGCAGAUGUUAUCCGCAGGUCUACAGCCAUGGUUGUUGUGGCACUUCUCUCUUUAGGGGACAUGAGGGCACUGUUGGAGGAGCUAUCACAUCAGCAUUCCCCACCCCGCCAGUGGAUUGGCAGUGAAUCAUGGGUAACCAACCCAGAAUUAACGAGGUUCAGUUUCUGUGCUGGGACCAUUGGAUUUGGGAUUCCGAAGUCUAGAAUCCCAGGUCUCAGAGACUUCCUGCUGAAUCUGUCCACCUCACAAGUGGCUUCUUCUCAAAUACUUACUGAGUUCUGGGAGGAUGCAUUUAACUGCACACUGACCAAAAGUAAGACAUUUUUCUUGAUUUUAAUUGAGCUGAAGAAAGUAAAUUUUUCCCGAAAUGGCUAUGAUGUGUCAUUUGAUGCUAAUGGGGAUCCUGUGGCUAUUUAUGAACUGGUUAACUGGCAGAAAAGUGACAACGGCGUGACUGAGAUAGUGACUGUAGGGCUGUAUGAUGCAUCACGGCCCGUGGGCCAGGAAUUCAAGAUCGACAAAAACAUUACCUGGAUGGAGGGUAGCAUGAAAGUGCCAGUGUCAGUGUGCACGGACAGUUGUCCUCCAGGAACUCGUAAAGUGUUGCAGAAAGGAAAACCCAUCUGCUGCUAUGACUGUACAGCAUGUCCUGAGGGGGAGAUCAGUAAUAGCACAGAUUCGACUGAUUGUUUACCUUGUCAAAAGGAAUUCUGGCCUAACGCAAAGAGAGACACUUGCAUCCCUAAGCCUGUAGAGUAUCUUUCCUUUCAAGACCUCCUAGGAAUUAUCCUGGCUACAUUCUCAGUUCUUGGUGCCUGUCUGACCAUCGUAAUUGCAGCUGUAUUCUUUUGUCACAGGAAAACUCCAAUUGUCAGGGCCAACAACUCUGAGCUGAGCUUCUUGCUGCUCAUCUCUCUCACUUUGUGUUUCUUAUGUUCAUUAACUUUCAUUGGAGCACCAUCAGAGUGGUCCUGCAUGCUGCGUCACACUGCAUUUGGGAUCACCUUUGUAC